AAGCACACAUUUAUAUUUUACUAAUCUCAAGCCUGUAGUUGUAUUCACUAUUCUGUGCGCCUGUGAGGCGUGAGCUGUUUGACAGGGAGUGGAGGCAACGUGUUCGUGGUUGGUUGUACUUUUUUAAAAAUUAAUAUUCGAUAUAACUUUAAAUAUUUAGUUACAAGUAAGUUUUGUAUUAAAUUUAACCUGAAUAGGUUUUCAAGGGGGCACCCAGAAGUGAACACAAAUUCUUAGUGUUAAAUCAAUUGUGCAAUUCCAGCAAACAGUGAAUGGUUGGUGAUACUUCUGAAAUAGGCAAUUAAAAAUCGUUACCAGGGUAUUUGCAGGUUUACAUGGGAGCUUCUUACAAAGUUUCAUGGAAAUAGUAAUAUUUGUCUUGUGACAAUGUCUUACAAUUCGACGCUCGACGACUUUUGCGGAUCAAAAUUUUGGGAUGCCAACUUAUCUUGGUACACUGAGAAUCCAGAGUUCACUCCCUGCUUUGAAAAGACUGUUCUUAUAUGGAUACCCUGUUCAUACUUGUGGGUGGCAGCCCUUUUGGAUGCUUACUACAUAUACAACAGCAAAGAAAGAAACAUACCAUGGAAUGCAUUAAAUAUAAUUAAAUUAGUGAUCACAUUUCUACUGAUUGUAUUGAAGUUUGUCGAUUUGGGAGUCACAGUUCACAAGUCCUCAAGAGACGAAGCCGUCUUCAACGUUGACUAUUAUGCACCCGUUGUGAAGAUUCUUACAUUUGCGUUAUCGGCGACGUUGCUUUACUACAACCGGAAAUAUGGCAUGAGAGCUUCCGGGGUGCUUUUUUUCUUCUGGUUUUUCUUAAUACUGGCCGGCCUGCCCCAACUGAGAUCCGAAAUUAUGAUGCACUACGAGCUCGCCGAAGACGAGAACGUUCAAUACAAUUUUGUUAGCUAUAUGAUAUAUUAUCCAUUGAUAAUUUUAAUGUUCAUACUGAACUGCUUCGCGGAUCUCCCUCCGAAAGAAUCGCCUUAUAAAUAUAAUAAGAAUCAAUGUCCAGAGAGUGCCUCAGGGUUUCCCAGUCGGCUGACCUUCAGUUGGUUCGAUCCCUUAGCGUUGACGGGAUUCAGAAGGAGUUUGGUGGAAAGCGACCUGUGGGCCCUCAACCCACAGGACUCAUCCAAAGAGGUCGUACCAAAAUUCGACAAAUUUUGGGAGAGAACAUUAAGCAAGAGAGAAAAAGCGAACGGCACCAAAGCGACGUACAGCAAUACAUCGGCCAGCGUUAACUUCAAACCGGAUAAGGAAGUCAAACCAGCUUCCAUCCUGCCGGCGCUAUGUUUAGCGUUCGGCGGAGAGUUCCUCUUCGGAGCACUCCUGAAGCUAGUCAACGACGUACUAAUGUUCCUAUCCCCGCAACUAUUGAAACUCCUAAUAGGUUUUGUCGACACGAAGGAGACCGUGUGGAAAGGUUAUUUGUACGCCGUUGGUUUGUUCGCGUGUGCGACCGCUCAGACGCUGCUGCUCUCGCACUACUUCACGAGAAUGUACCUUGUGGGCAUGAGAAUAAGGACGGCUUUAACUAGCGCCGUGUACAGGAAGUCAAUGCGGAUAUCCAACUCGGCUAGGAAGGAGACGACCGUUGGUGAAAUUGUUAACCUCAUGGCUGUUGAUGCGCAGAGGUUUGUGGAGCUGACGGCCUAUCUGAACAUGAUAUGGUCGGCUCCUCUACAAAUAGCCCUGGCCCUAUACUUCCUGUGGGGUAUCCUAGGUCCGUCGGUACUGGCCGGGCUGGCGGUUAUGAUCGUCCUCAUACCGGUCAACGGGCUCAUAGCGAACAGGGUCAAGACCUUACAGAUCCGGCAGAUGAAGUACAAGGACGAGAGGGUCAAACUCAUGAACGAAGUGCUCAAUGGAAUUAAGGUCCUAAAAAUGUACGCCUGGGAACCUAGUUUCGAAGCUCAGAUACUUAAAAUAAGGAACAAAGAAAUGAACGUUUUAAAACAGACGGCAUAUCUUAAUUCAGCUACCUCGUUCAUAUGGUCUUGUGCACCUUUUCUGGUGUCGCUGAUGUCAUUUGGGUGCUUUGUUCUGGUAAAUGAUAAGGAGGUAUUGGAUUCAAAGCGCGCUUUCGUAGCGUUGUCUCUCUUCAACAUCCUACGUUUUCCACUAUCCAUGCUGCCUAACGUUAUAUCGAAUGUAGUUCAAACAUCAGUUGGUAUAAAACGUCUGAACAAAUUCAUGAAUUGCGACGAAUUGAACCUCAGCGCGGUGGAACACGAUCCGAAAGAACCGAACCCGAUUGUCAUCGAGAACGGUCACUUCUCAUGGAGCGACGAGUCCGAGCCGGUGCUGAAGAACAUCAACCUUCAAAUACCCCGCGGGGGUCUAGUGGCGGUGGUGGGGGCCGUGGGCUCAGGGAAGAGUUCCCUACUGUCGGCGCUGUUGGGAGAAAUGAACAAGAUCUCCGGACGAGUUAACACCAACGGCGUUAUAGCGUACGUGCCACAACAGGCGUGGAUACAGAACGCCACGCUCCAGGACAAUAUCCUCUUCGGCAAACCUUUGGAGAAAGUCAAAUACAACAACGUCAUCAACGUGUGCGCACUCAAACCUGACUUCGAUGUACUGCCGGGGGGGGAUCAGACAGAGAUUGGAGAGAAAGGUAUAAACUUAUCCGGCGGUCAGAAGCAGCGGGUGUCGUUAGCCCGAGCGGUGUACUACGAUGCGGAUAAUUACUUCCUGGACGACCCGCUCAGCGCAGUCGAUUCGCACGUCGGCAAACACAUAUUUGAUAAGGUUAUAGGUCCCAACGGCCUCUUAAAGGGCAAGACGCGUGUGUGGGUGACGCACAACGUGUCGUAUCUGGCUCAGACGGAUCUCGUGCUAGUGUUGAGGGACGGAGUGGUCUCCGAGGCCGGGACUUACCAGCAGCUGCUAGAAAAGAAGGGAGCCUUCGCUGACUUCCUCCUACAUCAUCUCAGUGACAAAGAAAGAACUACUCCAGAAGAACUGGACGUUAUUAAGCAAGAAUUAGAAAGCAAGUUGGGUUCAGAGUUCCAGAACAAGCUGCAGAGGGCGCGGUCGUUGUCGGAAAGUACUUCGGAAUCGGAACAAGCGACGGGCGAUCGCAGCGGCAGCGUGAAAAGAAAAACUCCAGAAGCAAAACCAAGCGAGUUAAAAGAAAAGAACAAACUGAUUGAAGCAGAAAAAACGGAGACCGGCAGCGUUAAGUGGAGCGUCUAUAAGCACUACUUGACAAGCGUUGGACUAGUUGCAUCUGCGCUAACGGUGCUCAUGAACCUGGUGCUGCAGGUGUUCCAGGUCGGCUCCAACUACUGGCUGUCCGAGUGGUCCAACGACAACUCUAUGCUGGUGAACGGUACUGUUGACAAAAGCAGGAGAGAUCUAUACUUGGGUGUGUAUGGAGGUCUGGGGAUCGGACAAGUUGUGUCGGUGUCGGUGUCGUCACUGGCGUUGUACCUGGGCACACUGUGCGCGGCGAGGGCGCUGCACGCGGCUCUGCUGAUGGGCGUGCUGAGAGCGCCCACCAUCGGCUUCUUCGACUGCACGCCGGUCGGCCGAGCCCUCAACCGGUUCAGCAAGGACGUGGACGUGCUGGACAACGUGCUGCCCAUGACGCUGCGAGGGUGGACCUCGUGCUUCUUCUCGGUACGCGCCAUUGCAUCAAUUUUCGCUGAUUUAAUGCCAUUCUUGGCGGGGUGGCGGGCUGCCCGGAUACUGCACGAGCUAUUGUUGGGGAAAGUGUUGAAAGCGCCGUUGCAAUUCUUCGAAGUGACUCCACUUGGCCGCAUACUGUCUAGGUUUUCUAAAGACGUGGACGUAGUCGACACCUCGCUCCCGUCAGAGUUCUCCGAUGUCAUGUAUUGCGCCUCCGAGGUUCUUGGCACAUUGUUUGUGAUAAGUUACUCGACGCCCAUAUUCCUGGCCGUCAUUCUUCCUAUCGGGAUUGUUUACUACGUCAUUCAACGCUUCUACGUGGCCUCCUCCCGGCAGCUGAAGAGAUUGGAGUCGGUAUCAAGGUCGCCGAUAUACUCUCACUUCGGAGAGAGCAUCACUGGAGCUCAAACCAUCAGAGCGUACGGCGUCACGCAAAGGUUCAUCGAGGAGUCUGAACACGGGGUGGAUCACAACCAGGCCUGCUACUACCCGAGCUGCAUCGCCAACAGGUGGCUGGCCAUCAGGCUCGAGAUGAUAGGAAACCUCAUCAUAUUCUUCGCUGCCCUGUUUGCUGUCCUCAGCCGCGAAACCAUCAACCCCGGCAUUGUGGGCUUAUCCAUCAGUUAUUCGCUGCAGAUCACACAAACCCUGAACUGGCUGGUGAGAAUGACGUCAGAGGUAGAAACCAAUAUUGUCGCUGUGGAGAGAAUCAAAGAGUACGCGGAGACUAAACAGGAGGCGCCGUGGACGGUCCCAUCGGGUCCGGGCUCCACAUGGCCAGAGACAGGUGCUCUCCAACUAGAGAGAUUGUCCCUGGGAUACCGCUCCGACGAACCGGCUCUCAGGGAUCUGACAUGCGUGGUUGCGCCCGGGGACAAGCUGGGCAUAGUGGGACGAACAGGAGCCGGCAAGUCCACACUCACACUGGGACUGUUCAGGAUCGUGGAGGCCAUGAGCGGUAAGAUUCUGAUCGACGGGAUAGAUAUAUCGACAAUCGGCCUUCAUCAGCUUCGGUCGAAGAUCACCAUCAUCCCUCAAGAUCCUGUACUGUUCGCGGGAACGCUCAGGAUGAACCUGGAUCCUUUCGAGGUGUACUCCGACGAGGACAUCUGGCGCUCCCUGGAACACGCGCAUCUUAAAGCGUUUGUACAAGGUCUCCAAGCCGGUCUUCUCCACGAGAUCUCCGAGGGCGGUGAGAACCUGUCGGUGGGUCAACGUCAACUGGUCUGCCUGGCACGGGCGCUACUGAGGAAGACGCCGCUCUUGAUUCUGGACGAGGCCACCGCCGCCGUAGACCUCGAGACCGACGAACUCAUACAAAAAACCAUAAGGUCGGAGUUCGCGUCGUGCACGGUGUUGACGAUCGCCCACCGCCUGAACACCAUCAUGGACUCGACCCGCGUCAUGGUGUUGGACCGCGGCCAGCUGGUGGAGUACGCUCCUCCCCAACAACUGCUGCAGGACAAGAACAGCAUCUUUUACGGCAUGGCCAAGGACGCUGGGCUCGUCAACUAAUGCGCGCGCACUACCCACGUGUGCAGCGCUACCCACGGUCCUCGGAGGGCACAACGCGUUGUAGAAUGUGGAUCCGCUGUCAUCGCUGCCGCUGACCGACGUCCCCCUCAUUGAUUAUUGUCGCCACAACCGUAACACUGUACCGAUGCGUCGAUUGAAGGCACGUUAUAUCUUCAUGGACAUUAUUUCUAAGUACACAGAUCUAACCGUGAGCAUGGACAUGUGUUCGGGGCGUUGGGUUCACAGUUCACGCAACUCGUGACUAUAUUGAGUGAUUCGGUUCGCGGUGUUUAAAAUUAAUUUUGUUAUAAUUUUACCUGAUAUCUUCGUAUUGCACUGAAUGUUUCCUUAGUUACCAUAAUGCCGCCCAUACGUAUUUAAUAUAAAAAUAUUAUGUAAUUUUGAAGUCAUGAAAACUAAAAGGAUGCCUCGGUUAUUUAUAUAUUUUUUAAUUAGUGAACUCAAAUGUAUGCUGAGAUUAUAAAAUAAGGAAUUGAGCACAGUUAACAUUAGAAUAUAUAUCACAAGUGUGUUAGUUCUGUGAAGCGUUGCAAGCGACUUAAUGUUUAGUUAUUAUAGUUUAUUAAACUGUGUACAGUCACGUCUUGUAUCUGAGAUAUUGUUACUUAAUUUUCUUGGGUUAUGUUUUACUUGUAUUGGAUACUUAAAAUAUCGAAUAUUGAUAAUCUCGUACUUAGACCCUUUGUUCGUUAACCGAUGUUUGUGAGAUGCAAGUGAAUAUAACUUAGGCUUAUGAUUUCUAAGUAUAUUGUAAUUUUUCAUACAAAUUCUUAGAGUAUGUUCUUAUCUUGCCUAUGUGUCUUAGUGGGAUAAAAAAUAUCUUUUUAAUUACUUGCAUUUGCAUAUAGGACAUGUUUAAUACAAGAAUUAUUUUUUAGUUAAGUUUAAAUAAAGACAUUUCAUUAUAUUAUAUUGAGGCCUCAGGUGCAAUUAUAUAAUUCUCGGGUUUCUAACAGAUCCCCCCUUUAUGUGAGUAAAGGUAAGGCCCAUAGCUACUAUCGGAUUCAAUGUUUAAUUUAUUGCAACGUAUAUAUGGGAACAUUUGAGCGGGAAGGAUUAUUUACUCUACAUCAUAUAGACUGGUUCACAUUUACAAGAUAUUUUUAUUGUACCCUAUGGGACGGUGUCGGUUAAUUUUUUUCCAAAGUUUUAACACUGUAAGUGUUUCUUAAUCAAAGUCUUAACGUGUUGAACAUGGACACGUGUUGAUAUUAAUUUACAAAAUUAUGAAUAUACUUAUUAUAGUUUUAUUUUGUUGAUUUAUACUAAUUAGGUUAUUGGAAGAAUUCUUACAUAGAACCGGACGGACAUCUACAUAUUAAAGCUUUAAAUUGGUAAAUCAAUGUACUUAACUUACAAUAAUCUAAUUGUGGGAAUUGCUUAAAAAUUUGCCCUUUUAUAUAUUAUAAAUACUUCAAUGGUAUUUUGUAAACAAACUGCAUUUGUAUUGUUGGAUCAUUUUAUUGAUUUCCUUAAAGCAAAUUCAACUGCAUCACAAUAGUAAACUGGACUCAUUCCGUAGCAAAACAAAUUAUGACAUAAUAAAAAUUACAUUUUCCUAAUAUUAUUUUAAUUUUAUACAAAAAAUAUUGAAAUCGUGAGGAAUAAAACAGUCAUUACAAAUGGUAUUGAGUUUGUUAUGUAACUUUUAUAUUUAUUUAUUGUUCAUUAAAUAUGUAUAUAUUAAACAUGUAAGUAACGUCACGUUUAUUAAACAUAGUGGCCUUGUACACUGGUUCUGAAAAACAUAGCAAGCAGUGUGCGAAAUGUGUUCUUUAUUAGGAUAUCUACAGUUUUCAUUGUAACUAUAAGUGACUAACAAACAAGCCCUGGAAAUAAUAUCUUGAAUAAUUGUUAUGAGCAAUAGUGAUACAGGAAUAAAAAUAUUUGUAUUAUAA